CAUAUAUUCCCCAUGGAUUUUAUGAAUAGAAGAAGGUUUUAUAACUGACACACCUCCCAGUCCUGUUAACCUCAGCUAAACUCACUUCACAAUACAAAUCCCUGUACACUGCAAGUCCGCAUGUUUGCACACACGGAGCUUUGCAAGCUGGAGACUGUAGUCCUGUUUAAUCAAGAGCCGCGAGUGUACAAUGUGGACAAGAACCACAUAGCCCAGCAAGACUUUCUACAUCUGCUUAUUUUUCCAGUGGUUACUGGGUGAACUGAAACAUUGACCAGUUGGAUGGUAAUCUUUUAAUUCUGACACUUAAAUGCCUCUUAUCAGCUCUUAUUUGGUAGGAAUAGUUUUGGGUUUACUAACCUAAGUUGCAUCGGCUGGUUUUGGACCAAGAAUCAUCUGUCUGGGAUUUCUGAUUUUGUCAGCUCACAGGACUGCUACUGGACAUGCAACCGGGGGUCUGUGUGCCCAUUGCGGCUGCGCUGGGCCUGUUUUGCCGAGGUUGUCUCAGCAGGGCGCGGAGUUUGCCCGGUCGCAGCAUCAGCUGUUUGCCUAGGCAGAUGAGCAGGUGGAACAGCCGUGAGACCUGCAGCCCUCCACCUCCUCAGGAAAACCCCCGUGUCCUCAUCACGGGUGGUCUUGGGCAGUUAGGUGUGGGACUGGCACAGUUACUGAGGAAACAGUACGGAACAGAGAAUGUAAUCCUGUCAGACAUUAAGAAGCCUCCACCUGACGUUUUCAGCAGUGGCCCAUUUGUAUAUGCUGAUGUGUUGGACUACAAACAUCUCCGAGAACUGAUUGUAAAUUAUCGUGUCACUUGGCUGAUCCACUACAGUGCUCUGCUAAGUGCUGUUGGCGAAGCUAAUGUGGCUUUGGCACGCAAGAUCAACAUCACAGGUCUUCAUAAUGUGCUGGACUUGGCCCUAGAGAACUGCCUGCGCCUCUUUGUCCCCAGCACCAUUGGAGCAUUUGGUCCCUCUUCUCCACGUGAUCCGGCCCCUGACCUCUGUGUCCAAAGACCUCGAACCAUUUACGGCGUGUCCAAAGUGCAUGGAGAACUGAUGGGGGAGUAUCUCCAUCAUAAAUAUGGUCUGGACUUCCGCUGCCUACGUUACCCAGGUGUGAUAUCAGUCAACACACCUCCGGGAGGAGGAACAACAGACUAUGCAGUUCAGAUCUUCCACGAUGCUCUCAGCACAGGUCACCAUGAGUGCUACCUGCGUCCUGACACCCGCCUUCCCAUGAUGCAUAUCUCUGACUGCCACCGUGCCACUGUAGAGUUCAUGCAGGCUCCAGAGUGCCAGCUGUCUCUGCGUACCUACAACAUCGCCGCCAUGAGCUUCACUCCAGAAGAGGUGGCCCAAGAAAUCCGCAAGCAUCUCCCUCACCUCAAAGUCACCUACAAUCCUGACUCUGUCCGCCAGACCAUCGCAGACAGCUGGCCUGUGAGGUUUGAUGACUCCAAUGCCAGGAAAGAUUGGGGCUGGGCACCAGUCUUCGGGCUCGACGGACUGGUGUCAGACAUGCUGCGCUCCAUUCGAGACAAGAGGAAAAGCGAGGGUUUGCCAGUCAGCUAGCAAAACCUGCUCCGCAAAGACAGACCAAUGCCCUACCCCUGACUUUCCUUUAGGCUGCAUUUACCCACACUUCCUUUUCCUUCACUUUCACAUGUUGUCAACCAGUAUCCUCCGUUACUCUGGAACAGAUGCUCUCAAUAUACAGUGGACAGUGAGAUGUCAUACACAUGCACUCAAACACACACAUUUCAGUCUUUUUUAGGGAAUAAUAUACUGUCAAACCUUCCCUCCAUCUUUGUUGUUUUUAAUCGUUAUCAUGGUAUAAGCAUCACUUUACACACGUUGCCUCAGACAGAACAGAAAAAGAUUUCCAAAUGCCAUGUUAAUCACAUCAAUGGACACAACGUUACAAUGUCUAUGAAAAUGUCUAAUACAAUAUGGACCAGUUGCACACUUAGAGUAACACAUUUGUUGGACACUUUGAUUCCAGGAUCAUCAGGAAUGGCUGGCUAAGUUAACUCUGGACUGUAAUGACUUACUACGGAUUCUGGCUGUUUUUAAAGGCAGUGUUUUCUAAUAUAGUCUAUCAAGUGAAUAUCACACACUGUAUACAAUCCCACUACCCUUGCUGUGGCAUCUAACAAGAAGCCUUUAUUUUUGCCUCUUUUUUUUUGCCAGAAGUGUUAUUUUAAAUUAUGAUUGAGCACCAAUAUCAAAUUAAGCCUUAUUUACUGUAGUGUACUUUGGAAAGCAAUGUAUAAAAAUGCAGUGUAUUUUAAAUCAGACCUUGAAUAAUAAUUAAAAAAAAAGGAUUUACCCAAA